UAAAAGGCAUACAUACACGCACAUACUUAUUUACUUAUUAUAAAAGCCACAAUCUCCAUUCUCCAAUUCUUCAAACUCAUAAGCUUCUCUCAGUCUUACACUCUUACAACACUAAAGUUCCUAUUCUUCACUUCCAUAACAUUUCAUUUCACCAAAAAAAAAAAUAUUAUCUUUAACUAGUAACCAUGACCUUCAUGAUACCUGAAUUCAUCCAAUACUUAUUCUCCCAAAUACUAUUCAACAUGAUCAUGUACAUCCAAAUAGGGUUUUUCUUGGGUGAUUCCAACAUUCAAGUUGAAAAGAAGCACCAACAACCCAAAUUAUCAAAAAGAUCACCUUCAUUUAAAUACAGAAGCAUGCAUGGAAACGAAGUGGAGAUGGUGAUGGGGAACUUGGGGAUUUUUUGCAAUUCCAAAGGUGGGGACUUUCCGAAAAGAAUAAAUAGUGAUGAUCUUUUUAACAUGUUUGAGCAAGAACAUCCUAGAUUGGAUGAAGUGAAGGAAGCUUUUGAUGUGUUUGAUGAGAAUAAAGAUGGGUAUAUUGAUGCAAGAGAGUUGAAGAGAGUUCUUUCUGCUUUGGGAUUGACUGAUAAAGUAGAUAUGGAUGACUGCAAGAAGAUGAUUAGAGUGUUUGAUGAUAACAAUGAUGGUAGAAUAGAUUUUGGUGAGUUUGUGAAAUUUAUGGAAGGCACAUUCUGUUGAAUUAAAUUCCUACCCAUUCAGUACAUACAAAACCGUAAUAAAACGAUUAUUCUUUUCUUAUAA